AUGUGUAAAGUGGAGAACUUUCUUUACCACAGGAAACUCUUGGAGAUGAAAAGUAAACUAUUAGCAGAUAGCAAGGUUGAGAAACUCAGGAACUCGUUUGUUUCGAGGCCUCGUAUGAGCCUAUGGAUGAUUCGUGCUGUUACCGUAUUGUUGCUUUGGAGUUGUUUCGUUCACUUGAUGGCUUUGGGAGAGAUGUGGGGACCGAGAUUGUUCAAUGGCUGGCCUUCUUGUUUCACUCACAAUGAUUUGUCCACCGCCGCAGAAAUAAAGUCUCUUCCCACUAAAAUCGCACUUCCCCCUAAAAGAGUUUAUCAGAACAAUGGUUAUCUUAUGGUUUCUUGCAAUGGAGGACUCAAUCAAAUGCGAUCAGCGAUAUGCGAUAUGGUAACUGUUGCAAGGUACAUUAAUGUCACACUUAUUGUGCCUGAGCUUGACAAGACCUCGUUUUGGAACGAUCCAAGUGAGUUUAAUGACAUAUUCGAUGUGGAUCACUUCAUAAGUUCGUUAAGAGAUGAAGUUCGUAUACUUAGAGAGUUGCCUCCAAGGCUUAAGAAAAGAGUUGAGCUUGGAAUGUACCACGCAAUGCCUCCUAUUAGUUGGUCAAACAUGUCUUACUACCAAAAUCAGAUUCUUCCAUUGGUGAAGAAGCAUAAGGUCUUACAUCUAAACAAAACCGAUUCACGGCUCGCUAAUAAUGGACUGCCUGUGGAGGUUCAGAAGCUGAGGUGCCGAGUGAAUUUCAACGGACUUAAGUUUACUCCUCAAAUUGAAGAAUUAGGUAGACGAGUAGUCAAUAUUCUGAGAGAGAAAGGUCCCUUCCUCGUCCUCCAUCUCAGAUACGAAAUGGAUAUGUUAGCAUUCUCCGGUUGCUCACAUGGUUGCAACACCGAGGAAGAAGAAGAACUAACAAGAAUGAGAUAUGCUUAUCCAUGGUGGAAAGAGAAAGUCAUAAACUCUGCGGUGAAGAGGAAAGAAGGCCUUUGCCCUUUGACUCCUGAGGAAACCGCUCUCACGCUGACCGCGUUGGGGAUUGACCGGAAUGUUCAAAUUUACAUAGCUGCUGGAGAAAUCUACGGUGGUGAUAGGCGGAUGAAGGCUUUAACAGACGCUUUUCCAAAUGUGGUCCGGAAAGAGACUCUACUCGAAUCCUCUGAUCUGGACUUUUGUCGGAAUCAUUCAUCUCAAAUGGCAGCACUUGAUUACCUGGUGGCUCUUGAGAGUGAUAUAUUUGUUCCAACCAAUGAUGGGAACAUGGCUAGAGUUGUUGAAGGUCAUCGCAGAUUCUUGGGGUUCAAGAAGACGAUUCAGCUGAACAGGAAGUUCCUAGUUAGGCUGAUAGAUGAAUACACUGAAGGGUUGUUGACUUGGGAUGUGUUUUCAUCCACAGUGAAGGCGUUUCACUCUACUCGAAUGGGAAGCCCGAAGAGACGGUUAGUGAUUCCCAAUAAACCGAAGGAAGAAGACUACUUCUAUGCAAACCCGCAAGAAUGUCUGCAGCUGUUAGAUGUACCGUUGAGAGUCAUUUGA